UCUGGAUCCUCGCUGAAAGAUACCGCAACAGCGAUGAUGAAGCGAUGUGCCGAAAAGAAGUACACAGCUGUAACUAGCCAGUUAUACGCCGUUUCAUUGACCCCCGAAACAAAACGCAAGCUGAUGGAGCGAAUCCGGUGCAAGGUGCACGACCAGCAGAAUGAACCGCCGAAAACCGAGAGCAUAGCCAUGGUCUGCAAUUACUUAAAUCAAUGCUUCGAAUCGAAUCUGGAUUCCAUUCGAAUAGCAGUGUCAAUCAUUCUCCGGCUGCUGUCCCACCGUGGGAACGAACAGCCCGUGAUAGAAUCGUACCGCAAGUUACUAUCCUACAUCCCCGGAGUGAUCGACAGUAGCAAUGCCAGUGAGCUGGCUGGCUACAUGCAACAAGUUUCUAGCUUAGCCUUGGAGAAUGGCCAAACAGCUUUUCGAACAUUCCCACUGACCGCUUCGAAAUGCAUCUUACAGCUGCUGUACCGUAUGCCUAUCAAGAACUGGUCCGAAAGGAAGGUCAUCCAUCAUGCUCUCCGUUCGACACUUAAGUGGUGCAAAGUGGCUCCGGAAGUGUACCGGCAGUGUGGUUUCGGAAUGCUUAUACGCAGUGCCAUCUCUUCCGCGGACCGUUCCCAGGACGAUGCGGAUGCAAUGAUCAAGGAGUUGAUCAUUCUCGUACAUCAUCUGUUUGAUGUAUUCUACACCACGCAACACCGGGGGGAGGUACAUCCGGUCGAUGUACUACUACGAUCGGCUUACGAUCGUAUCUUUGCUCGCCUCACCACCGAGUGGACUGACCGGCACUGCUACGGAAUGCUUCUCUCCGUACUGUACGAUCUACUGAAGCGGCCAAUCAGUGGCUUCCUGAAGCUGGAAAUUGUUCGUUCCUUGAGCGAUACAGUCGGCGGUGGUGGCGUACGUCCUCUCCUCAAGUUCCUCUACAUUCGCAAGCACUUGCAGGACGACGAUACGGUGACAACGAGGACGACGCUGCAACGGUUGAAAACCAUCGUGACAAUGAUCCUCGCUCAGUCCUUGUAUCGCUACGAGUCCGAACAGGAUGGGCAGCAGUUGCGUGAUCUGAUGGCCAGCGUUGAGCAAAUGAUCAAUCGGGUCGAUCUUGGUGAACUGAUCGAUGCUCGCUUCAAUUGUCUACGGUAUCUACGAGAGAAGCUGAAACUGGAAACCCUUUGCCUCACGUUCAUCGUGCGGCAUCUAGAGCUGCUGGAAGGUGCUGUUGUGGCCGGUACCCAAUUGGAGCUGGACUAUGUGUACAAUCUGGUAGCAUCGGUCAACGUUAUACACCACAAACGAUGGAUUGUCCCACGGUUUUUGGUUAAACACUUCAUCGAAGGACUAUCGCGAUUUUCGCACCAUGAAGCACUCCGAGAGAUUGUCCCACAUUUGGAACCACUACUGGAAGCUAUACUCCCUUCUAUGCCGGACCACGUGCCUGGACAACCGCUGAUGGGUAACAUUUUCGGCCGUCUUCCCGUUACUAUCGAGCGCAUCCAGUGGAUCAAACUACAACCACGCGGUAUGCGGGCGCAGUUGAUCGUGCAGCAGCAGCUAGAGUUUCUUCAGGAGGGCAACGUUGCCCUGUUCGAUGAGCGAAUACUCGCAACACUGCAAUCCACCAUUACUACGGACACGCUUUUCUUGGGGCUGUUCGGGUCGCGCAGUACCAACCAAGGGCGAUUCUGUGCGUCACUGUUGCUGUCGAAGCGGACACUAGCCUGCUCCCGGUUGGCGAGGGUGCACAGUAACAUCAGGCGUAAUGCUAACCAGCGACCGAACGAUCAAUGGGUGGACUGGAUCCGAGCCAUCUAUGGUUCCGUCGAAGGGCUUGAUCGUGCAUCUAGGCGUGCCCUCUUGGGGCAGAUUGGUGAUGUUCCUUUAUCUGGCGAGUUUGAUGAACAGUAUUCGAUCGUUUUUGAACUACGUGCUCGGCUCAUGGUUAGCCUGUUAGAUGCCGCUAAAAAGGAAGGAAAAGAAUCGACAUCACAAGCAACAUCUUUCGGAUGCCCUUCUAACGCUAUCGCGAGUGGUGGAGAGAUUGAACCGUCGACAAAGAAACGAAAAAUAUAAAAAAGCAAGAGA